AUCUCAUUCCGACGAUUACACAUUCCAGCCUUCUCAAAAUUACGUCAUGGCCCGCAUCCGUCCUACGUCAUGUCUCCCCGUCAUCUUUCAGCCUCGUAUAUUUGAAUCCACCUCAACAACAGCAACAACACAAUCUCACCAAAUCAUCAUUCACAAUGGCAGAAGUCGCAGCAGGUGUCAUCGCAGUCGAGCAAGUCGUUUCAACCGGCCUUGAAGUCGGUGCCGCAGCGACUGUAGCUCGCCCUACGCAGCCGCUCACUGCAGUCUUGAGCCAAAUCGCUACGACUCCAAAAGAGGAUAAUUCUUUAUCGCUUGCGAGAUCUCACCAUAGCGUCAGUGUCAUCGAUGGCAGAGCUUACAUCUUUGGCGGUAAAAGAGAUGACGGUCAACUUUGCAACAACGACAUCCACGCUGUAUCCAUCGGCGAUCAUCAAGGCGACGGUGAAUACGCGUGCUAUCCCGCAGUAGGCGACGAAGGCCAAAUCCCCCCCCCACGCAUCAAUCACGCCUCUUGCACGCGUCGCGGCACGCUCAUCAUCCACGGCGGCCAAAACAGCGAAGACGAACCCGUCGACGAUGAAUUCACCCUUUGGGAAUGGGAACCCAAAGCCGCGCGAUGGUCUUCAAUAACCGCUGCUGGAAAAGCGCCUCAAUCCCGCGACGGACACCAGAUCUUCUACGAUGUCAAGAAGGAUAGUCUUAUUCUUCAUGGCGGGUAUGAGAAUGACCAGCGUACAAAGACAACGUGGUUGUUUGACUUUACAACGCGCCUGUGGCAUCCUUUGCCUGAUGCGCCUGCUGAGCCUUUGGCGGCGCAGUUUGUUGAAGGGACGCUGUACUCUAUUAGUGCAGAGUCUGAUGUUCAUGGGUCGGUGCACUACAUCAAGCCUGGUUCAAUCCAGGAUGAAUCUCUCGACACGCUACCAGAGUGGACAACCGUCGAUUUCCCCUCCAACCCUCUCGUCCCCGGCCCUCGCCCCCGUGUCGGUAGCGCUUUGAUCCCCGUAACAACCGGCCACGGGCGCCGCUACCUACUCUACCUCCUCGGCAGCCGACAAGACGCAUCAAUCUCCAGCGAUAAAGCCUACACUGAAGAACAUCCUUUCUACUCCGACAUGUGGACAUUGCAACUUCCCUCCGAUGGGUAUAGUGCUACACGAGUCAAAGAUGCUAUUCGCGAGACGAUCCCGGGUGUUCAGUCGGGUGCGUUUAGUUGGCAUGAGCUUGAGAUUGCGCCGGCGGAGAUGACGCAGGAGGCGGGCAAGGUGCACCCGGGACCGAGGGGGUUCUUUGGAGCUGAUGGGUGUUUAGAUGGGAAGGGGGUGCUCCUGUGGGGAGGUAUUAAUGCGAAGGGGGAGACUGAGGCUGAUGGAUGGUUGUUGAAGAUCUCUUAGAGGCCAUAAUGUUAGUGUAUUAAAAGGACGAAGACAAGGCAAACAACAAGGUAUACGGGCAGAUUAGUCAACGGAUGUAACUUAUAACAGGAAAUAAAAGGCAUUAUAUCUAAAAACAAUUAAAAUAUGGUAUUUUUGAGGACA